AUGCAAGGGCGCCAAAAGACCUUCCCUUACUUCAGCACGCUCCCGUACCCCAUCGAAUCAGCGGAGGAACGUCUCACGAACCUCAAUGUCAUCACAGGCCAGCUUUAUCUGUCGCUCGCCGCUGAGGAUUGGCCGAGAGCCAUUUAUUGGAACUCUGAAUUGCGUGACUGGCUUGGCCUUAAGUUUGUGCUACCGAAAGCAGUUCGCAUAAAGCUCAUUCGCAUCUACUAUGAGGUGGUCACGGCAUUUGGUGUCGACCCGAGAGCGCAUGCUCGCUUCAUGUCCAUGUUCCUGGAGCUUACAAAACGGCGGUACUACCUAGAUGGUACACGAGAUCUUGUAUUAGACUGGCGUCCACUGUGGCAUGUCAUCAAACGUGUCGUGAUACCCUCGGGCGAACUCAUUGUUCGUGCAGUCGCAGCCGAGGACUUGCACCAUCUCAAGACGCUCGCACAUGCACAGCACUACUUUGACGUUGACCAAACGCCAGCCAUGCUGGAAGAGUUUCUUCCACUCUUUCAGACAAGUAGUCUUGGUGACGCUUUUCUCAGUGUCUACCUCGUCUGCAGCUUUCUUCCAACAAGCUCAUACCGCUACAAAAGAAAAGUACUGCCGAGUAUCUUCCAUCUCUGGAAUUUGCUUGCCUCUAGUCAUGUUGCUGAUGCUGUUUUUAUCGAGUUUCUCUCUCGUUGGGUGCGCGACACGGAUGGCUGCAGUGAACCCUACGAGCCGAUGCUGGAUAAUGAACAACUCGACUACAUCAUGACACACUCCCUCAGACUCAUGAAAAUUCCCGUCGGCAAUAGCUCUGGCUCGUCCAGUAAAAGUCUCGACUCUUGCGCGAGAAAUCUCUUCUUUAGCAAAAAGUAUCAGACAGCCAAGGAUAUGGCUAGGCUACUCAUUUAUCUGCUGCCCGACAACGCCGUCAUGGAUCAUCUUGAAGUCUUUUUCGAAGCGACAGAGACAUUCUAUCACCCCUCCAAUGCUGGAGCGUGGAUGUCACCGCUUGUGUCGAUUUUGUUUGAGCUCACAACUUUUGCUCAAUUGCGCAUCAAUCGCGAAGCAUCAGGCGAGCAACCUGCACGGUCGGGACGGUCGCUGACUCAAUGCACUCGACGACUCGUACUAAUGCUCCGGAAAGUCACAUUCAUGGCAACCUAUGCUCGUUCACAAGAUGUGCAGAAUCUAGCACAAGCUGCACUUCAAGGCCUUGCAUUCAUGGAACCACAACUUAUUAUACCGGGCGCACUCAAACGCAUCUAUCCUUCAUUACAGGGAUUGGUCGAGUCUCAUCGAACCACAGCGUCUCUUCACUAUCUUGCAAGUCUGACACCCAUCUUGGUGGCGAGUCCCGUAUGGCGAGCGCAUUUGACAAGUUUGAUCACACUCAGUUUGCCGGGAAUUGAUGCCAAUGAUUUGAUGAAAACGGGCAUCACUUUUAUCUUUCUCAAUCAAGUCGUCAAUGUCAUCCCUAUUGAGGAUCUGAGUGAGUCUGGCGAGACGAGCGAAGCGCUGCAGUGGGUUCAAACGGAAAUGGCCAGACUUGAGGAACUGGUCGGUGAUGAUGAUGACUUUGAACACGAUGUUUCGACCAUGGAGCCGAUUGUCAAGAGCUCAACAGCCGCAUGGCAAGACAUUGUUGUCAUGUUUCUGGAUCGCAUAUUCAUCUUGCUGGAAAAUCUACCACCUUCGACUAGCUCGCGGUCAGGGGAAUCGCAGGUACAAAACGACCUUGCAGGACUCCUCCCGCCCUUCUUCAAAGCACUGUCUACGGACCUGCUCAAAGUGGCGCUCGACAAGGUUCUCAAAUUUAUCAUGUCAUACACACUUUACAAUGUUGCCGAUACCAUGUCUGCUGUCGUCAAUGCUUUGUGUAAAGCAGAUGCAGCGACUGUCUGGCACGACUACUUCAACGUUCUAGACAGUGCUAUCCGCGCAGAAGUCGAGGAUAAUGGUGCAGGAUCGACACGGUCUGGUGGUAUGGAAGUAUUGCCUAGAGACCGUGCGCUUGUUUGGUAUAUUCGUUCCUUGGAAGGAAUGGUGGAUGCGGGUGGUCCCAUGUUGUUUGAGUACAGGAAACCUCUGCGAUCGCUCAUCCACUUCCUCAUGGAGCAUUGUGUCAGUCAAGCUACCGAAUAUACUGGCAUUUUGAUUGCUAGCUUCCAAGAGGGUAUGGUCGAGACAUACACAACCGAUCAACGUCGCAUCAACCCAGAAGAAGAAGGUAUGCCAGACUCUGGCCUCGCAUCCUGGGGCUUGCAACCUUCAGCUAGCACUCUCAAGAUUGACUGGCACUGUCCGACACGACCAGAAAUCGAAGAGGCAGGUGAUUUCUUCGGCGAAGUGGCUGAUUUGCUCAUUGGAAAAGUCCGUGCUUCACUCAAUGCAAGUAGGCAAGCGAAUGGCAAGGUUGGUCAACAGUGGACAGAUGUGCUGGUGAGCCAGUUGUCUUACUUGGAAAACCUCUUGACGGGCGCAACGGAGCUGUUUUUCUCAUCUCGAACUCGACGAGCGGACGAGGAAGUCGAUCUGUCUGAUGUCCAGUACAGUGCGCUAUACCCAAAAGGUUACGUUUUCGCGGACAAACAGGAUCCCGUCCUGCUCGCCAUGACCGCGAAACGAAAUGAAAUUGGCGAACUGCUCCAUGAAGCCCACAACUACCUCACUGCACAUCAUGCUGACGAUAUUCUCUGCUUCGAUGUACUGCUCCUUGUCAUCAAAACUUGGAUCGGGAACGUAGGCUACCAGCGCGCUGACGGGAGUCAGAGCAAGCUGUCGAGUAUCUAUGUUGAGGACAUUGCAAACUUUAAAGUUCCUGGCAGGCGAAAGCAGUAUCCGCGUGCUUAUUUGCUCAGACGUGCAUUGCUCUACCAUGUUUCGCGUACGAAGCACUCGACCAUGACCAUUGAGCGGACGGCUUUGCAUGAUAAGCUGCUGCAAGAUUUGAAAACGACUGCUGUUGGAGCAUACACAGAAAUCCGCAUCAUUGCUCAGUCGGCGCUCAACCUGGCCCUGCGAGCCAUUGCAGACAUCAAAGCCAGGACAAUUCCAUUCUUCUUGGAAGCACUCAAGAGUGGCGAAGAGGACCGCGUCAAGGGUGCUCUCUACGUUCUCUCCGGUCGCGUUUUGAAGAGCUACAUUGGCAGAGACUAUCGCUUCUUUCCCGACUUUUUGAAGCAACUCGUCCUCCUCAACAAUGCCGAGAAGCCAUCCAUGAUACUUCCAGUCAAGCAAGCGUUCUUGGAGUGUGCACUCAAGAGCAGACCACCGCCUGCUGUCUGCGUUUAUGAGAAGCAAGAGCUGCAAAUAAUCAAGCCAGAGGACGAUGCACCUGUCGAAACACUGACUCAGCGUCGCCGAGCAGCCGAAUCCUUCAGGGAAGCAGAGCAGCUCAAGUUGAGAGACAACCUGAUUGAGUUGACGGAAACAAAAGACUGGCGUAUCGCUUGUGCGGCAGCUUCUGCGCUCGGAGCGGGGAUCAGUGCGUCGUCGCUGGCGCCGACACCGUACCUGGCACGAAGCAUCAUCAAACUAUCUGUUUCUGAUCACCCAUCAUUACGUGCCAUUGCUAUGAGCCACUUUUCUCAGCUUUUGGCAGUCUGUUGGCUCCGUGUUCUGACAAAAGGCGAUUUACGCGAUGCGACACUGGAGAAGUUGACAAUUCCCGGGCGGAUCGUGCUGACAUCGCGAAAGGAUGGCAGUUUUGGCAAACAGAUUCUAGAGAGCUUGAAAGAUCCCAAUCCCGAGUAUUUUGUGGAUAAUGAGCGUGCCGGUUGGCUUGCUUGGCCAGAGACGUUGGAGGCCUUCGAGCGGGAUAGUGCUGGUGUUCCUGAUGAGCUCGAUCCACUGACCACAGAACUCUUUGCAGCGAUGGGACCGCUCCUUGAUCGAGAAUGGGUUGGCAAGAUCAUCGACUUUUGGAAGGAAGAACCCAAGGAAGGUAACGGCAAAUUCAGAGCCACUUUGCAGCACAUUGUCCGGCUGUUCUUCGUUUGUUCUCGUCGGAUGCCAGGUGCAGUGACGCUCGAUGAGCUCAAACCGGAGAUUGAAUCGCUCUGUGCCAAGGGCGCUUUGCAUUACCACAGUCGUGUUGGAGCAGAGUUACUCUCAGGGUUGAUUGGAUCGUUGCGCUAUGAGACUGGUGCCGUUCAUGAUGACACUUGGGAAUGGGCUGGCAGCAUCAUUAAAGAAGUCCUCACUUCGCGCUUGACGCCCGACAAUGUGGCGUAUUGGCAACAGGCGUGCUCCAUCAUCUUCCUGCAUCGCGAUCCGCGCCGCUUCUUCCCAUUGCUAGAAAUGAUUUCAAACUUGCCGCUUGAUAUGGAGUCCUACUCGGCUUUCGCAGAGAGUGCCAAAAUCAGUGUCUUACGCAAGACUGUCGCUGCAGUAGGUUGGCACUAUCAAUCUGGCGACAAGGCAAUUGAAAAGUUCAUUGCCCAUGUGGAUCACCCGUACAAGCGUGUUCGAGACGAGAUUGGCAAAGCACUCAACAACCUCUUUGCCAUGCAAUACUUUGAGUCGCAUGCAUCCGUUGAGGCAUUCUUGGAGAGUAACCUUCAGUCUGGCUCGUCAUUGGGUGUGGUGCCUUACCAGCCGAAUGCAAAGCUGACGGCAGUCAUGCAAGACAUGUUCAAGAAGCUGCAUGCAUGGCGACUUGAGCGGCCGGUUGGCCAAGAAGCGCCUUCGCAAUACACAAUGGCUUCCAAGACGAUUGCUACUUGGGUGUACAACUCUGUUGAUAUGACAGAAGCCUACUUGCUACUGCCCUUUGUGCCAGAUCUCAUUUUGCCAGAGAUUCUACAUAUGAUGGAUGUCAAGGAGGACCACGACCUGCUUGUUAUUGCAGUCGGCGUCUUCAAGCAGCUCGGCAAUAUCGUUUACCCAACCAGUCAAGUUCGGUCGAUGGUGGAUGCACUUGUUCGCAUCAUGUCGACAGACCCCUCUUGGCACCACAGAUUGCGUGUCAUGGCUGUUGUUCAAGUCUUCUUCUACCGCAACAUGUUCAUCCUGUCUCGCGAGGAUCGCGGCCGCUUGUUUGACGCUGUGGUAGGUUUGCUCUCAGACUCGCAAUUAGAGGUUCGCGAAGGUGCAGCAGGCACCAUCUCUGGUAUGAUCCGUGCUUCUUCGCAUGAUCGUGAAAACACCAUCAAGCGCCUCAUUACCCGUUUCACUGACAUUCUCGACAACUCGCCGCUUCCAAGACGCAGACGACUGAGUCAAAGGCCGUCUGAUGUAAGCUUGCAGGAGACAAAUGAGCUCUCGUCGGUCAUGAUCCGGCGUCAUCUGGCAUGUCUUGGUCUUUCGGCUCUUGUUACUGCAUUCCCGUAUGGUACACCGCCGCCUUGGUUGCCGCCCGUUCUUGCACGUCUUGCACGGUGCAGCGACAAUCCACAUCCGAUUGGCGUGUCCAUCAAACGGGUGCUUGCAAGCUUCAAGAAGACGCACAAUGAUACUUGGCACUCGGAUGAGAAGGUAUUUACGCAGCAAGAACUCGAAGACCUCGCAGAGCCCAGUCACACGUACUUUGCAUAA